AACAGUUUUGUUUGGGCCGCAUUACGAAGUGAACGUCAGUAGCGUUAAUAUUCAGGAGAAAAAGUUGCGAAAAGCUUUAGUGAAUGAAUUAAGUGGUUAACUACCGUAAAGAUGCUCAAAAUAGGAUUUUUAAUAGUGUUGAUUGUCGGAUCAUGUUUAGCAGACGUUACAUCCUGGAACGAUGACCCCGCCGGACAUAGUUUGAGUGAUAAUUUGAACAAUAUCAAGGGAUUACAUUUUUCACAGCACGACGCGUCGGUGAAUGCGGCACGCAGAGGUGCAGCCGAAAGGUUAGCUAGAAUUAGUAGCAGUGGGUCAGCAGGAGCUCCAUGUGGAAGUACAAUUUGCUACAGAAGUUCUGGCUUUUCUGAUAACAGCGAUGCGGAAACUCUUGGUCAAGGUGUCGUUGGCUUCUCCAGUGGAAGCACAGGAGCUAGCUCCAGCAGCUCGAAAUAUCAGGCAAGUUCCCAGCACGAAUCCGUUCAAAGUGCGGUUCCCGUCUAUCCUGUGAUUAGCGGUGGUAAAUCCAGUUAUGCGAGUUCUUCGCAACGUCACAGCGCGUCAAGUGUUAGUGCUGGUCAGCCGCUCAAUUAUGUUGCAGGAACAGAUGGUAUUAAAACCAGGUCCAACUUUGCCGCCAGCAGUGGGUCUUCGAUAAUACAACCAAUUAUUGCAUCUGCUUACCCGAUUGGUCAGGGUGUAUCACAUGAUAGCUUUUCGGCUGCGAAUCGUGACAUUUCGGCUGGAGUUUACGCUGUUCCAGUCGAUGUCAGUAACGCUCAUAGAACGAGAUCAAGCUUCGCCACUGCAUCGGAAAGAGAAUCCUCGUCAGUUGUUCAGCCAGUGCCGGUUUAUAGCGCAGGUGAACAAGCGUCCAAAUAUGUCGCUUCUGGUAGACAGAGUGGAUACCAACGAUUAACUCCUUCAAACACUUACGUUGUAUAUGGUAAGCCCAUACCUGUAUACUCUGCAGUCGGUUCAAAUCUCGAAAGUUCUGCCCGGUUCGCUAACAGCGACGGUGCUGUCUAUACACCAGUACAAGUAUACCCAGUGCGAACUUCCAGUCAACAUUCAUCCAUGAAUGAGCAACAACAACAGUCUUAUACUUCUACCGCCACUACACCUCGGCCUCUGUAUGUGAGUUCUUCGGAUCAAUCUUCUCAAACGGGCUCCAAUUACCGGGCGUCUUCCAGUUAUCGUCCAAUCUAUCAACCAGUCUACACAAACCGACUGUCAACAUCAAAUAAAGAAGAAGAAGAUGAAUACGAGGAAAAUACCGGGCAAAGUGUUGUUCCUAUCAUUGCAGCUCCAGUGGUCAGCUCAUCAUCACAACAGCACGAAGAACGACAUGAAGACUACAGUCGCAGAGGAAGCACCUACACUCCAGUUUCUGCGAACACAGGUUCAGCUGCUUCUCAGUACGCUGGCUAUGACCAACGUCGCACAGCCUAUGUACCGGUAGUGGGAGGAUCAACGACAUCAGCGGCGUCGCAAUACUCGUCACAAGAUCGACGUCAAGAGCAGAGAGCAUCAUUCGUUCCGGUAGCUCCAUCGGCGGUUUCUUCGUCAUCAGCUUCGAAGUAUUCUGCGCACGAACAUCGCCAACAGCAAGGUCAAGCGUAUGUCCCUGUUGUUCCCGUGGGAGAAGCUGCUUCUUCAUCAGCAUCAAGAUAUUCCGCUCAGGAACGACAUCAACAGCAGCUAGCUGGAGGUUCUUAUUAUCCAGUCGGUGGCACUAGUCAGGGUUCUCGUUAUUCAGCAUCCGAAGCGGCAAGUGCAUUCAAUCAACAACAGCAAGUUAGAGGUGGCGGCUUCGUACCAUAUCCGAUUACUAACGAUGCUUUGGGACAACGCUUCGGAUCGGGUGGAUAUACCCUGGGUGACAACAAUGACUUGGGAGAGCUAAUGAGUGAAUCGGAGCGGUUAGCAAGGUUACAAGCGAAAAACGCCUACAAUGGAGCUGUUUCCGGCAGUUCAGCGAUUGAUACGGCGAAUCGUUUCGCAGAUGGCGAUGGUGGUAGCAGUGCGGGUGUUGAUACCAGCUCCGGCGCUUUCAAACGAACCAAAUCGUGGUCGAGUAGCUCCAAGUGGGCCUCGGGACAGAAGUAUGACGAUGCGGGUAAGAUCAAAUCGUACAGUUCAUUGUCGACGGCUGAGAGUGAGCAGCACAAUAUUGAUGGAAAGAAAACUGGCUACAAAGCUGCCACCACCACGCUUGACGAUGAUGGAAAAGUUAGCACAUAUAGCCUACACACGCCGUAAAAGUUUUUAAUAUCUAUUUAGUUGUUAAGUUGUUGGACUGAAAUAAAAGUAUAGAUGCCAUAUAUAAAA